AUGGACAUCAAUUCAUUGCUUUCCCCGGACUCGAAUGCGAAGUCUGGGAUCUCAGCGCCCGCUCCCGGUGCUACGUCGAGCAACGCAUCGGCCCUGGCUGCAGGCCCGUCCCCUCACAAGGCAGUUCAGCGGGCGCGAGGUCCUGGUCGCAAAAACAAGACAUCUUCGCCUCUUGCGCAGCAAGUCUAUGCUCCUACCGGACUGCCUGAAUCUUCGCCCACUGUAACCAGUCCCUCCGUUAGCCCCAACGUCACCGCUGCCGGGAAUGGAACUUCCCCUUCGACCGACCGGCCGCCAUCGAGACAGCCCUCUAAUGGAAUGGAUACACUGGCAGACUUGGCCUCAAUGCAGCACCAUCAGCCACCGCCACCCCAACCCCAACCUCAACAGCAGCAACAACAACAACAACAACAGCAAAAGCAGCAGCAUGCGCAGCAUCACCAGCGUACGGCGCGCCAGAACGCACCUAACAUGUUGAGAAACGCCGAGUUUCACCAGAGCCAACUGUCUCCAUCUACCAUCCACCCUCACGUGAACCAAAUCAACCAUAACACCCCCACCCCCCGCACUUCGUUCGACCUAGCCAUGGCGGAUGGUCCACGGGAAAGCGCGCAAAGGAAUUACGUCCAGACGUCGUUGGACCCCGAAGCGCAGCAUUUGGCAACAGAGCUGUUCAACAAAAUUCAAGAGAAUCCCCACACCUACGAGGCCCACGUUCAAUUCAUCGGGUUAUUGCAUGCGGGCUUUGUGAACCAUGUCUACCCGCCCAACAACCCCGAUAUCCAUGGCGACCCUCGUCGGUAUGAUCUCCUCAAGGAUUUGAGGACUGCCCGUGAGGAAAUGGACAAGCUUUUCGCCAUGGGGGAGGACCUUUGGGCCGAGUGGAUUCAAGACGAGAGCAUGCUUGCGCACACGGUUAUGGAACGCACCUCUGUAAUGGAGCUGUGUCAGCGAUCAGUCGAGGAAGAGUUUGGCUGCACUAAGCUUUGGCACAUCUAUGGCGAAUGGGUGCUCUAUCUGUACAAUGCAACAUCCGGCGAACAUGGAGCUGGCCAGUGGACCGAAGAAGAUCGGAUGAUUGGACGCGAAGUGUUCACGUGGCAGACGGUCCUGGACGUGUGGCAGCGAGCGGCGGAAGCGACCCAGUGGCGUAUUAACAACAGCCACCUCGUUUGGGAUCGAUUCCUGGAGCUCUUGACUCAGGAUCUCACUCGAGCUCCUUCUCAAGAGAAGAUCAACCACCUCCGCGGAUUGUAUGAGGUGCGACUACAGACCCCUCAUGCUACUUGGGACCAGACCUUCCAGACCUUCUCCGGCUUUAUCUCUACUUAUUUCGAAUCCAACUAUGAGGAUAUUAUGUCGGAGACGGUAGCCCAGGCGUCAUCCUCGAAAAAUUUCUACGCCGCAAGAGAAGAAUUCGAGCAUCGACUCAGCAAGGCCCAGGAUUCCGGUGACAAGUCUGUCGAGUGGAACUUGUACAGGGAAUACAUUGAUUGGGAACUCAGUCGUAACCGCCGGCGACGAGAAUUCCACUUUGAGCUCGUCAAUGCUGUUUACCAGCGUGCUGUUCUGCGCUUCCCUACCGAUGUCUCUUUGUGGGAGGACUAUAUCAUGUUCCUCAUCGGCGAAUCUAUGCAUGGCCACGCUUCUACCACGACACUUGCAACUUUGGACCGUGCCACACGCCACUGCCCUUGGUCUGGUAACCUCUGGUCCCAGUACCUGCUGAGUUCUGAGCGAGAAGGACAGUCUUUCUCCAAGAUCUCGGGCAUCAAGCACAGAGCCACUAGUACGGGCCUGCUGGAUGCUGGUGGUAUGGAAGAAGUGCUGAAAGUUCACACGACCUGGUGCAGCUAUCUCCGUCGACGUGCAUUCCUUUCUGACGCCACCGACGAAGACUUGGAUGUUGCAGAGGUGGGAAUUCGGUCGGCAAUCGAGAGUGUGCAAGAAUUGGGCGAGAAAAAGUAUGGUCGGUCCUACCAGGGAGACCCUCAUUUCCGCCUGGAACGUAUCUAUAUUCGCUAUCUCAGUGAAAGUGGCAGUUGGGACAGUGCGCGGGAGACGUUCAAGGGCCUCGUUCCGCGUCGUGGCGACAGCUACGAGUUCUGGCUCACCUACUACAGCUGGGAGCUCGUCUGCUGGAGCAAGUUCGUCCAGGGAGAAGCCACAGUCGAUGCUGCCCGGCGCACUCCCAAUCCUAGCUUUGCGACGGCGGUUCUCAAACAGGCAAUCAAGCGUGAAGACCUCGACUGGCCUGAGAAACUUGUGCAGACCUAUAUUGCUCACUGCGAGGAUUACGAAGAUGCGGAUGAAUUGCAGCUUGCCGUGAUUGAGACGCGCAAGGCCGUGCGAGCCGUCACUGCUCGGAGAGAGCGAGAGGCGCGCGAAGCCGCGGCUGCACAACAGCAGCAACAGGAGCAGCAGCAGCAGCAGCAACAGCAAUGGGAAGCCGCUGCCGAAGCUGCUUCUACCUCGGAAAAGCGCAAGCGCGAAGACGAGAAGGAGAAUGGGGAGCCCACCAGCAAGAAAGUCCGUGCUGAGGAGGUGGCCCCGGAACAAGGAGCUGCCGAGCCUCAACCUCUCGCCCGCGAUCGUGAGCAUGCGACUGUCGUAGUCAAAAACCUUCCCCGGGAGACCACUGAGCAUAAUGUGCGACAGUUUUUCCGCCACAGCGGCACCAUCAACGGUGUCAAGAUGUUGCCCGGGCCAGAUGGAGACUCUGAAGUUGCGGUUAUUGAGUUUGAGACGAAGGAGGAAGCUCUGGCGGCGCUGACACGCGAUCAAAAGACCUUCAAUGGAAACACCAUUGAAGUCAUGCUGGAGUCUGAAUCCACCUUGUGGGUUACAAAUUUCCCUCCGACCGCAGACGAGGAGUACAUUCGCAAUCUCUUCAACAAGUACGGCCAUGUCGUUGAUAUUCGCUUCCCAUCGCUCAAGUAUCAAACUAAGCGUCGGUUCUGCUACGUGCAGUUUGCUACUGCCAGCGCAUCACACCAAGCUACGGAGUUGAACGGGACAGAGGUCGAGAAGGGCUACAAGCUCGUUGUGAAGAUCUCCGACCCGUCUCAGAAGGAAAAGCGUAAUGGCGCAAUGCAGGAAGGCCGUGAAAUCUUCUGCAAAGGCUUUGAUUGGAAACUCAAGGAAAGCGAUGCCCGUGAGGCAUUCUCCAAGUUCGGCACUAUCGAAAAUCUUCACCUCCCACUCAACGCCGAUGGCGCCCACCGAGGGUUCUUCUUCGUGGCUUAUAGUUCCAAGGAAGAAGCCGAGGCCGCUCUUGUCAUGGACCAACAACCCCUUGGAAGACGUCAAUUAUCUGUGAAAUUGAGCGGGGAUACCGGCGCUAAGCGCAUGGCUAGUACUAUCAUCUCCCAGGUUGCCACAUCGGCUUCGCCGCCUCCCGAGGCCAACGGUAACAUCCCCGGUGUGGUGGAAACGGUCGGUGGCCGAUCGGAACGUACUCUCGCCCUGAUGAAUGUUCCCGAUACUGUUAACGAUGCUCGUGUCCGCGCGUUGGUCGAACCGUUUGGCCGACUAGUCAAGAUUGUCCUUCGCCCGGAUCACCAGGGUGCCAUCGUCGAAUACGUUGACGUCCAUGAUGCUGGCAAGGCUUCCUUGGCACUUGAGGGCAAGGAGAUUGCCCCCGGACGCCCGCUUCAUAUCGGAAGUGUGGAUGAGAUGCUCAAGUUGCAGGCGGAGAAGAAGACGGAUCGUAUUACUUCGAUCAAACAGGAGAAGCCAAAACCUUCCCUCCAACCAGCAGGCCCGAUCAGGCGCCCUCAGCAGCCCGGUGCCCGUGGUGGCCGCCGAGGGGGACUGGGCUUAAAACGAGCCCCUGCUGCACCUGCUUCUAGUGCGGCAUCGGAAAAAGACAAGAUGGACACCAGUGCCGACAGUAAGGGUGGCGAGAGUGUGCCGUCCAAGAAGAGCAAUGAUGAUUUCCGUGCGAUGCUGGGACAGAAGCGCACGGAGUGA